AUGGUGAUCAGCUGGAGUUGCUCGGCAAUUACAAAGGUGGGAUGGAUCUUUGCACUGCUUCUCAUCCCGGUCACGAUGGUUCAAGUCCGAGCCCAGCCUCUCCGUGGGUUCGUAAACAUCGAUUGUGGAUGGACAAACAGUAGUGCCUACAUCGACAACGCUCUAGAUAUACUGUACCGUUUUGAUGGUGAGUCAGUCGAGGGCGGUUCGAGCCACGAAAUUUCGGAAGAGUUCAUGGCUGAUGUAGAAAAUGACCAACAAAAAACCCUGAGGAGCUUCCCUGAUGGCCCAAGGAACUGUUAUACACUGCCACCCAUCAUUGGUAAGAAGUAUCUAUUGAGGGCCACAUUUACUUACGGCAACUACGAUGGGUUGAACAAGACAAGGGACAAGUCGCUGUUUCUAUUUGGACUCCACAUCGGUGUCAAUUUUUGGGAGGCGGUAAACUUAACAAAUUGGGAUCCAUCAAGCACAAUAUGGAAAGAAGUUAUCACCUUUGCUCCAAGCAACUCCGUGUCCGUCUGCCUGAUAAACUUCGGUUCAGGGACUCCCUUCAUAUCUGUGUUGGAGCUGAGGCUACUAGAAGAUAUGAUGUACCCUUUCGUCAAUACUUCUGUGUCAAUCAGCUACUUUAAACGGUUUAGAUUCGGAAACGUCACCGACCAUAUCACAAGAUACCCAACGGACAAUUAUGACCGGUUCUGGGAAAGGUGGCCUGAAACGAUCUACCCCUGGAUCAACCUGAACACUGAAAAAGAAGUGGAGAGACUCCCUGGUGACAAUGCCUUCAACGUGCCGUCAGCCAUCUUCCAGAAGGCUUCGACCCUAGAAGCCAAUAACACUUUCAUGAGCUUCAGCGUGGCAGCGGGUCGCAAUUUAGACACCAAGAGCCUACAGCUUCUCCCAAUCUUUCACUUUGCCGACAUCAACGGUAGCAGACUGAGCAGGAGGUUCGACAUCUACAACGACAACGAAUUGUUGUUCCCAGACUUCUCUCCAUUGCUAUUCAAGGUGGACAGCAUACACGAGAACGGGCGGUUCUUGCAGAAAACUGAUGCAUUCUUCAACUUGAGCGAGACGCCCAGCUCGAGUCUUCCACCACUCAUCAACGCUUUGGAGGUGUACUCGCUCGUCCGGAUGGAUAAUCUCACCACUGACUCCAACGAUGUCAAUUACAUGAAAGAAGUCAAGAAACAUUACAAUUUGGCACGAAUAACCUGGAAUGGAGAUCCAUGCUCCCCAAGAGAGUAUUCCUGGGAAGGUUUGACCUGUGACUACUCUAAGAGCAACCAGAAUCCGAGGAUUGUCACAGUAAAUUUGUCUACCAGCAGAUUGAGAGGUGGAUUUGCCAUAUCAUUCAUGAAAAUGACAUCACUUGAAAACUUGGAUUUAUCACACAACAAUUUGACGGGAGCUAUUCCAGACUAUCAAUUAAAGUCACUUAAAUUUCUUGACUUGUCAAAUAAUAAGCUAGAUGGACCAAUCCCUGAUUCUAUUCUCCAAAGAUUUCAGGCCGGUUUGCUGGAUUUAAGAUUAGAAGGCAAUCCUGUAUGCUCAAACGUCAAAGGUGCGUACUGUUCAAAGAAGAGGAAGAACACCACGUCUACCGUGCUCAUCUCAGUGAUAGUUCCGGUGGUACUGGUAUCCCUUCUAGUAGUGAUGUGCAUACUCUGGAAAUUAUGCUGGAAAGGGAAGUCAGGAGACAAUGAGGAUUAUGAUAUGUAUGAAGAGGAAACUCCCCUACAUAUUGAUAUCAGACGGUUCACGUACACAGAGCUGAAGCUCAUAACAAAUGACUUCCAAUCAACCAUUGGAAAAGGAGGUUUUGGUACGGUUUAUCAUGGCACACUAGAAAAUGGUGAUGAAGUUGCUGUUAAGGUGCUAAUGGAGACAUCAAUAGCAGAGUCAACAGACUUCCUCCCUGAGGUGCAAACCUUGUCCAAAGUUCAUCACAAGAAUCUCGUGACUUUGCAAGGAUAUUGCCAAAACAGGAAGUGCCUAGCACUCGUUUAUGACUUCAUGCCCAGAGGAAAUCUUCAGCAGCUUUUAAGAGGAGGAGGUGACUAUAGCGUGAAAUGGGAACAACGACUCCAUAUUGCACUUGAUGCGGCACAAGGACUGGAAUAUCUACAUGAGUUAUGCACCCCAUCAAUAGUGCACAGAGAUGUGAAGACCCCCAACAUCCUUCUGGACAAGAAUCUGGUGGGGAUAAUAUCUGAUUUUGGGCUUUCGCGGGCUUUUAAUGAUGCUCACACGCACAUAUCUACUGCUGCUGCUGGCACUCUUGGGUGCAUCGACCCCGAGUACCAUGCAACUUUCCAACUGACUGUCAAGACAGACGUUUACAGCUUUGGCAUUGUGCUCUUGGAGAUCAUCACCGGACAACCGCCAGUAUUUAUGGACCCUCAAACCGUCCACCUACCAAAUUGGGUGCGGCAGAAUAUAGCUAAGGGCAGCAUUCACGACAUUGUAGACAAGAGGCUGCUGGAUCAGUACGACGCCAGUUCCCUGCAGAGUGUGGUGGACCUUGCCAUGAACUGCGUGGAAAACACAGCCAUCAACAGGCCAACCAUGACCGAGGUUGUUUCAAGGCUCAAAGUGUGGUUGCCAGCUGCUUCUGCGACCCCUCGACGAACCUACUCCAUGGACAGUGAAAUCCCAAGGCAGUUCAAGCUGAUGAUUUCAGGAGCAGGCAACGAGGGGAGCUCCUUCCAGUCUGGCUAUACCAAUGGGAUGUCACAAUCGAGCCUCUUUUCUGGGCGGUGA